AUGGAGCAGCCUCCUGACUUUGUGAACCAGGAAAAAUAUGGUCAUGUGUGCUUACUUCAUAAGGCUAUUUAUGGGUUAAAGCAAGCUCCAAGAGUUUGGUUUGAUAGAUUUGGCUCAUUUCUACUUGAAUUUGGUUUUUUCUUCCGUACAGUUGAUCCAAGUCUAUUUAUCAAACAUUCGGCUCAUGGCACCUUGGUACUACUUUUAUAUGUAGAUGAUAUCAUCCUCACGGGUUCCUCAGAUCAGUUAAUUGAUCUGUUCAUAGCUGUGUUGCACACUAAAUUUGCAAUGAAGGGCCUUGGUGCACUUCAUUAUUUUUUGGGAAUUGAAGUUACUUCUGUUUUAGAUGGCCUUGUACUACACCAAUCUAAGUAUGCUAUUGAUCUGCUUGAUCGUGCAUUGAUGAGAGAUUGCAAACCAAUUCAUAAUCCAAUGACUCAAAAGUUCAAAACAGUCACGGAUUCAAUAGCACUUUGUGAUGCUCACACCUAUCGAUCUCUAGUUGGUGCAUUACAAUAUUUAACACUCACACGUCCUGACAUUUCAUUUAGUGUUAAUUAUGUUUCUCAAUUUAUGCAUGCUCCAACACAAGACCAUUUCACAAUGGUAAGAAGGAUUUUGCGAUAUAUCAAAGGGACUGUCCACCAUGGUUUGCAUAUUCAGCACUCAAGUACAUUGGAUCUUUAUGCCUUCUCGGAUGCUGAUUGGGCUGGCUAUCCACAAAUAUGA